AUGUCCUGCUCCGCGGCGCCGUGCGGGGCGGCCGCGCCGCAGCCCCUCGCCAGCAGCUGCAACGAGCCCUGCGUGCAGCAGUGCCCCGACUCCCGCGUGGUCAUCUACCCACCCCCCGUGCUGGUCACCCUGCCCGGCCCCAUCCUCUCCACCUUCCCGCAGCAGAGCGUGGUGGGCUCCGAGGGAGUCCCCGAAGUUGGAAGUGGCCCUGCUGGUUCCGGCAUUCCCGGGGGCUCCCGUGUUUAUGGUGGUGCCCGGUGGGGACGAGGGUACCCGGUGGGGAGCUGUGGACCGUGCUAA